AUGGCACCUUUUCACGGGUUGGUUUCAAGAAACCUCUGCAUGAUGUCGCCGAUGGCUUCGCCUAAGCUUCUUCGUUGCGCUCCGCUACUGAGCACAUCAAAACACACCAAAGGCAGUACCAGUGAAGAGGUUCGUCUUAAGGCCCAAACCGAAAUGCAGGAUUACUGGGAAAGAAAUCAGAAACUCAAGCGUCCAUGGUCACCUCAUAUUACCAUUUAUUCUCCACCUCUGUGCAUGCGCAAUUCAUUCCUCCACCGAGCCACUGGUAUUGCCAUGGCAUUUGUCUGGACUGGAGUCGGUAUUGCUGGCUUCUGGUACACUGGGAAUUUCGACGCCAUGCUGGAAUACGUAAAUAGUUAUCACUUUGGACCAUCUAUUCUGUAUGGUGCCAAGUGUGUUCUUGCUUACCCGUUGGUUUAUCAUUAUCUUAACGGCAUGAGACACCUGGCCUGGGAUUAUGCCAUCGGCUUUGACAUGAAGACCGUUAAUCUGACCGGUGCAACCGUUCUUGUUGUCUCAGUCCUUCUAACCCUUGCAUUAGCCUCCAUCAAGACAUAA